UGAUUUUUUUUUACAAGGGUAUGAUAUGAAAACUAGAAACUUAAACAGGCAUUGAACUUCUUUGACAGACAAUCGAUUCGAAGCCCUAAUUCUCUCAACUAAAGGGUAAUUUCUUCCAAAAUCGCCAUUAAAAAAAGGGUUGUUUUUUGAUCAGCUCAAGACUUGCUUCUUGGAUCAGCUCGCGUUGUUUUUCAGAUACCAUCACCAUGGUAGAAGGUGCUCGAGUCCGACUUAGGGGUUGGCAGCAGGCGGCAGUUGCCCUUGGGUCUGCAGUUGGUGCGUUAGUGGAUCCACGAAGAGCCGAUUUAAUAGCUGCUUUAGGGGAGACAACUGGGAAACCCGCUUUUGAGAGGGUACUUGAAAGAAUGAAAAGAAAUCCUGAAGGGAGAGAAAUACUGCUGGACCGUCCACGUGUCAUUUCUAGUAACGUGGGCCAUGCGUGGGACCUACCAGCAAACACAUUUGGUGCCGCAUAUGCAAAGUUCAUGGGAUCAAGAAACUUCUCACCCGACGAUCGACCACCGGUAAGAUUCAUGGAAACAGAUGAACUCGCAUAUGUAGCAAUGCGCGCACGCGAAGUGCAUGAUUUCUGGCACACCCUUUUCGACCUUCCAACAAAUUUGAUUGGCGAGUCAGCACUUAAAGUCAUAGAAUUUGAGCAAAUGUUGCUUCCAAUGUGCUUCUUGUCAGUCAUAGGAGGAACUGCACGGUUUAAUGACAAACAAAGAUCGUUGUUUUAUAAGCAUUACUUCCCUUGGGCGGUUCAGGCAGGUAUGAAGUCAACUGACCUGAUGUGUGUUUAUUACGAAAAGCAUUUUCAUGAAGAUUUGGAGGUUGUGAGACAGAGAUGGGGCAUAAUACCCGCUCCUUCCGUUCAACAGUAGUUGGGUUAAGAAACAAUUUCGCGAUGAUGCAAGAGAGUUUGGAAAUAAAAGUGUCUUUAAGUAUUUAAAUUUGUACUGAUGUAGAUGUUAUCAUAUAAAGUUUUGGUUGGACUGUAGUGAGAGCAGUGUGUUCAUAAGAAGGUUUUGCUAUCAGUUACAAUUUUUGAAUAAAAACCAUAUAUUUAGUUACAAAA